AUAAGCAAGGCAAAGAAAUCAGCUUCUUCUUUUCGGAUUCCUUCCACUUUUUACGCUUCGACACAUUUUCUUUCUCGAAAAUAUCUUCACAAAAUCAAGCUUUUUCUGUUCUUUCAAGUAGUUUUAGUUUUUAACUUUUUUUAACUUUAAAUUUUUAUAUCAUUUGAAGAUUGGAUUUUUAAUUCUUUUUUUCUUUCCGAUUCCUCGAGAACUUUCAAAAGGGGCUUCUCUGAUGUGUUUCCCCAACUGGGUUUGAUGAAAAAUUCGUCAACCCCAAUUGGGUCGGAACAAAAAGUCAAUCAAAAGUUGGAGUUUUUACACCUGCUCUUUCAAAAUCUUGACUUUGAAAUCGCGUAAACAGUUUCGUGUACUCCUUCAUUGAGAUUGCUUAAGAUAUUUUCCGGGAUUUCCUUUUAAUGUUAACACGUGAAAGAUUUUGAAUUUUCUCCUCCUUCUUUCUUCCCAAUCCAUCUGCCAGAUUCUGCUCUGAAUUUAAAGAGUUAAAGAUCAAGCUUUUCUUUUUCUUUGUUUCUUUACUGCUGGAUUAGAUUAUAUUUUAUUAACCCAGAGGGAAAGAGAUGGAGGAGUUUAAAUUAUGUAAAUUUUGGGUUUUAGCUGUAAAAAAAUGGUGCUUUUGAUCGCUUUGGGAUCUUAUCUGAUCUGUGGGAUUGCUCUGUUAGCAUUCAGAAUUCUGCCUUCUGUUGAUUCUUUUGGAGUAAAAAACUUGAUUGACUAUGAGCAGAUAACCUUACACGUUAUGGGUUGGCUUAGCAAGAUUUUUAAAGGCUCGAGCCACAAGAUAUCGGAGGAGCAUUGUCAUGAGUCUCAUGACAAUAAUGACGAGGAUCCAAAUAGCUAUGGACCUUCUUGUUCAGGGGAGGUCUGGUCAGAAAACGAGAAUGAAGAAAUAGAUCGUGCUAUUGCACUAUCUCUUUUAGAAGAAAAUCAAAAAGGAAAAAAUGUGAUUGGCUCUGAUUCUCAGUUGCUAGAAGAUGAACAACUUGCCAGAGCUCUACAAGAAAGUCUGAAUGUGGAAUCUCCUCCCCGACAUGGUAAUGGAAAUGGAAAUGGAACUACGUAUCAACCUUUCCUUCCUCCCCGGCAUGGAAAUGGAAAUGGAAAUGGAACUACGUAUCAACCUUUCCCUCCUCCCCGGCAUGGAAAUGGAAAUGGCAAUACAUAUCAACCUAUCCUUCCUCCCCGAUAUGGAAAUGGAAAUGGAAAUGGAAAUGGAAAUACAUAUCAACCUAUCCCUCCUCCCCGAUAUGGAAAUGGAAGUUCAUACCCUAUCCCCAUGGACUACCCAAUGGGCUCCAGGGUUUGUGCUGGUUGCAAUGCUGAGAUUGGUUUUGGACGGUAUUUAAAUUGCAUGAAUGCAGUUUGGCAUCCAGAAUGUUUCCGCUGUCGUGCAUGCAACCAACCAAUUUCUGAUUAUGAGUUUUCUACAUCUGGGCAUUAUCCUUACCAUAAAGCUUGCUACAAGGAUAGCUACCAUCCGAAAUGUGAUGUUUGCAAGCACUUUAUUCCAACAAACCCUGCUGGUCUUAUUGAAUAUAGGGCACAUCCAUUUUGGGUCCAAAAAUACUGCCCUGUUCAUGAAAUUGAUAAUACUCCUCGGUGUGGCAGUUGUGAGCGAAUGGAGGCCCGAGACACAAGAUAUGUACCCCUUGAUGAUGGUCGGAAGCUCUGUCUAGAGUGUUUGGACUCUGCAGUCAUGGAUACCAGUGAAUGCCAACCCCUAUAUCUCGAUAUUCAGGAAUUUUAUGAAGGUUUAAAUAUGAAGUUGGAGCAGCAAGUUCCACUGCUCUUGGUUGAAAGACAAGCGCUAAAUGAAGCAAGAGAUGGAGAAAGAAAUGGCCAUUAUCACAUGCCUGAGACUAGAGGGCUUUGCCUUUCUGAGGAACAAACUAUUAGCACGAUUUCAAAGCGGCCACGUUUUGGGGCAGGACACCAAGCCACGGGAUUGAUAACAGAGCCCUACAAGCUAACUCGUCGCUGUGAGGUGACCGCAAUUCUAAUCUUGUAUGGUCUUCCAAGGUUGCUGACUGGGUCUAUUCUAGCUCAUGAGAUGAUGCAUGCAUGGCUGCGGCUUAAAGGUUACCGACCUCUUAGUCAAGAUGUCGAAGAAGGUAUCUGUCAAGUUUUAGCUCACAUGUGGCUAGAGGCCGAGCUUAUGUCUGGCUCAGGUAGCAAUGCUGCAUCAACCUCGUCUUCCUCCUCUUCGAGGACAUCAAAGAAGGGUACAAGAUCGCCGUUUGAGAGUAAGCUCGGGGGGUUCUUUUUACACCAGCUCGAAACUGACAUGUCCCCGGUGUAUGGAGAUGGAUUCAGGGCCGGUCAACAGGCAGUGCAGAAAUACGGGCUUCGAAGUACCCUAGAACAUAUUAGAAUGACAGGGGUGUUUCCUUAUUGAGGACUGAAUCCUUGAGUUUUUUGGGUGCUUCCGAAUCUUUUCUUUCCCACAUUGUUAUAGCUUUGGCCUUUUCAUAUUAGAACCCAGAGGCCAAGAGUGCAUAGGAAUUGACUCUAGAGUGUUACGUAGUUCUUGUGAUUGUGGCUGUAUGCCAUGAAUCAAUUCAUUGAUUUGAUUUACUCUUUUUCUCCCGUUGCACAAUUUGCAGAAUUUUCGGUCUCUACUUGUGGAGGACUUCCAUAUAACGAGAAAUUAUUUAGUGCCGGGCGCACGUUCUGGUA